AUGGUCGCUCUAGGAACCCCAUUCCAAUGUCUUACCUAUUCUCUCUUGCUUCUUCCCAUCCUGCUUCUCACUAUCUACUUCCUGGCUGCUUUUCCCAAUCCUCCAGAAACCGUGUAUCUAUAUCCUGGGUUGUCAUCGUUACCUCUAUCAUGCAAAAGUUGGAAACUAUAUCCGGAGGACUUUUAUCAAGGAGGCGCAUACGCGUCUUUUCCGUAUGGGAAGACGAGAUACUUUUUGAUGGGGCCUCAUGAUGGAAAGAAGAUUGUUCUUAUCCAUGGGCUAUCUGUUCCUGCAAUGAUAUGGAAGGAUGUAGCGCCUAAUCUGGUAGCACGAGGCUAUCGCGUUCUAUUAUAUGACUUGUAUGGUCGCGGGUACUCAGAUGGACCUCAAACUAAAUAUAACAGCAAUUUAUACAUCACUCAACUCGCACUGUUGAUGCAACACGUCAAGUGGGAUAAGGCCGUUCUUGUAGGUGUUUCUAUGGGAGGCGGGCUGGCUGCUGCUUUCACGGCUUCCUUUCCUGACCUUGUGGAGGACCGGGUGAUCAUUAUUUCGUCCGCGGGUCUCGUCCUCACCUCAGAUAUGUCACGGACUACAAAAAUAAUGUCUCUGCCUCUUGUUCAAACCUUGACUUCUAGCCUCAAAUUCUUGCAACAUCUGACAGAUUCCUCAAAUGAUACGGCACCAGUAGAUCCAUUACAAGAAAUCGUACGACUUCAAUCAGCUCAUUUACCAGGUUUUAACGCAGCAAUUUCGUCGUCCUUGCGAGACGGUCCUGUUCGAGGCGAAUAUCGGAGUUUUUCGAGCAGUGUCUGGGACGCACGCAAACUGCUUAUCAUCCAUGGUACAAACGAUAAUACGGUUCCGUACAAAUACGCAUCUAUGAUUCAAACUGCCUUGUCUCAAGGUUGUCAAUCUGAAAUCGUUACCAUCGAUGGCGGCGGUCACGAUCUGACCAUCAGUCAUCCGGAGACCAUCGUGAAUCAAAUAGACAGAUGGAUUUUGACCCCUUGACCGUAUCCUUUUCAUCUUACUCUCAUUUCCAUAUCGCCCCUCUCGGAAACCUCACAUUCUUUGUCUAACGUCUUUAUCUUAGAGAGCUUACAAUCAAUCUUACACUACCGCGAAUAAUUCACGUUACUACAUCGACUAUUUUUCUUUUUGUACGAGCUACUUGUUCAAGUUGCCUUUGAUUCUAUGAUCUUUAUGCCCUUCGUUCGUGUUACAUCUUUUACUUCACU